CUCCCUCUUGCACUACCAUAACUCAGCGCCUAGCGCUUAUAUUUUACUCCCACCACACACCCACCGUGCCCCUCCCGCCGUGGUGGGUGGCGCGUGAUAUCCACCCGCGGGGCACUUCACCUCAAUGCUAAGGAGGUGAUGGGGCAGAAAUUAAGUUGUGUACAGCAACCCCAUGAACAUGGACUGUUCAGUGCAGUCCAAAGUGGUGAGCUUGAAAAAGUUGAAGCUAUGAUUAAUGAAGACCCAAAUGUGCUUCAUUUUACCAGUGUUCGUGGGAAGCUCUCUGCACUUCAUGUUGCUGCUGCUAAUGGGCAGAUCGAGGUGCUAUCUGUUCUCUUGGAUCGUGGGGUUAAUCCAGACAUUUUGAAUCGCCAUAAACAAACCCCAUUAAUGUUAGCUGCUAUGCAUGGAAAUGUGUCCUGCGUGGAGAGAUUAAUUCAGCGAGGUGCUAAUAUUUUAACGUUUGAUUCACUACAUGGAAGAACCUGUUUGCAUUAUGCUGCUUACCAUGGCCAUUCUGACUGCUUGCAAUCGAUCCUUGCAUCCGCUCAUUCGGCUCCUGUUGCUCAAUCUUGGGGAUUUGCGAGAUUUGUGAACAUAAGAGAUGGAAGUGGUGCAACUCCAUUGCACUUGGCAGCCCGUCAUGGUAGACCAGGAUGUGUCCGGAUUCUUCUAAGCAACGAGGCUCUUGUCUGUGUUUCUAGUGGUAGCUACGGCCGACCAGGAAGUACACCAUUGCAUUUAGCAGCUCGAGGAGGUUCUUUGGACUGUGUACGGGAGUUACUUGCUUGGGGUGCAGAUCGACUUCAGAGAGAUUCUUCUGGGCGAAUACCUUACUUAGUUGCUUUGAAGUACAAGCAUGAAGCAUGUGGUGCUCUCUUAAAUCCAUCAUCUCCAGAGCCUUUGACCUGGCCAUCGCCUUUGAAGUUUAUUACUGAGCUUGACGCCGAGGCAAAAGCUUUACUAGAGAAUGCUCUUAUUGAGGCCAACAAAGAUAGAGAGAAGUUGAUAUUGAAAAAGACAGCUGUCUCACAUACAUCGCCUUUACAUUGUGAUUCUGGCCUUGAGAGUGAUGACUUUGAGGGCAGUGAUUUUGAGCUAUGUUGCAUAUGCUUCGAGCAGUCCUGCACAAUUGAGAUUCAAAAGUGUGGCCAUCAGAUGUGUGCUCAUUGCACUCUAGCCUUAUGUUGUCACAAUAAGCCCAACCCUGCAAGUAAUAAUAGUGAGAAGGUUCCAGUAUGCCCCUUUUGCCGGAGUGAUAUCACUCAUUUAGUCGUGGUCCAGAAUAAAAUAGACAGUUGCGAAGAGGAAUUGAGUCCCUCACGGCCAAGAAAAUCAAGAACAUCUUUCAGUCUUACUGAAGGUGGCAGCAGCAGCAGCAGCAGCAGUAGCAGUAGCUUGAGAGUUUUGUCACCCUUAGCCUCAUUCGGGAAGUUGGGUGGUCGCCAUUCAGGCAAAAUUAGUGCAGAAUGCAUUGAAGUGUUUGCCAAGCCUUAAGAAUCAAUUCCAAUGGGACGAUAGUAACUAGUCGUCUAUUCCUUGAUAUCCUCUGCUCAAUCAUCAGUCUGAAUCUACCUAUCGAGGAAUCUUGUUUCCAAUA